AUGCGGUUAACUAGUCGAUUAUGGUCUUCUCUCCUUGUUUUCCCUGCUGUUAUAGCAUUUCAGGCCAGGUUUCGUACACCUGCGGAGUUCGUCCUCGAUACCGUGGACGAUGGCACACUGCAGAGCAUGCUCGAUAACAUCGGGCUAAACGGUUCAAAUGCAUGGGAUACGAGACCUGGUCUUGUCAUUGCGAGCCCGAGCAGGAGAGAUCCAGACUACUUCUUCACCUGGACUCGAGACUCUGCCUUGGUGCUCAAGUAUAUCGUCGAUGCCUUCGCUGCGGGAAACACUGGUCUACAAGGGGCGAUCCAGGAAUACAUCUCAUCUCAAGCACGCAUCCAACUGCUGAACACCCGCUCUGGUGGCCUCUCGAGCGGAGGGCUGGGAGAACCGAAGUACCAAGUGGAUGAAACGCCGUAUAUGGAGGACUGGGGUCGUCCCCAGGCUGAUGGACCAGCUCUUAGGGCUACUGCGAUGAUUGAAUAUGCGAGAUGGCUUCUUGCAAACGGAUACUAUGAUGUUGCCAAGUCGAUCGUGUGGCCGGUGGUCAAAAAUGACCUUUCAUAUAUCAGUGAACGUUGGAAUACUUCGGCCUUUGACCUAUGGGAAGAGGUCAAUGGGCCCUCCUUUUUCACCACCAUAGUCCAACACCGUGCUCUUGUGGAAGGCGGUAAUAUGGCGCGCGCACUUGAUGAAACUUGCCCUCACUGUGAGUCCCAGGCACCUCAAGUACUUUGUUAUCUGCAGUCAUACUGGACCGGAACAGCCGUUCGAUCGAACUAUGGCCAAGGUCGCUCCGGCCUGGAUGUGGCCUCCAUUCUCGGUUCCAUUCACACAUUCGACCCCGAAGGAGAGUGUGACGAUACUACCUUCCAGCCUUGCUCUGCACGAGCAUUGGCAAACCACAAGGCAGUCACCGAUUCUUUCCGGACCAUCUACAAAAUCAACGGUGGUAUCAAGCAGGGCCAAGCAGUGGCUGUUGGAAGGUAUCCUGAAGACGUGUACUUUAAUGGGAACCCGUGGUAUGUGGCCACAUAUGCGGCAGCCGAGCAGUUGUAUGAUGCCAUUCACCAGUGGAACAAGGUGGGUAAAAUCACGGUCACGGAGGUGUCGAUGCCUUUCUUCAAAGACAUAUAUCCGCAGGUGCAGAUGGGCACACACCAGUCGUCCAGUUCGGAAUUCGGUAAUAUCAUUUCUGUCGUGAAGGGUUAUGCUGAAGGGUAUAUCGAGGUCGCGAAAAAAUACACCCCGUGCACGGGGAUGCUUUCAGAACAGUUUUCCAGGGAUAACGGGCUCCCACUAUCUGUAUCAGAUCUCACCUGGUCUUAUGCAUCAUAUCUGACCGUGAUGGCCCGACGUAACUCUGUUGUCCCAUCUUCCUGGGGCGAAAAGAACGCCCGAGAGCUACCCUCUAUCUGCAUGCCAUCAUCCGCAAGAGGCCCUUACCAAGCAGCAACAAUAACCUACUGGCCCCCAAACCUUACACCCACGGCAGAACCAUCUCCCUGUCCGACUGCUCUGCCGACAAAGAACAACGUCCGCUUCAAGCUGCUCGCUACGACGCAGUUCGGCGAAGACGUCUUCCUGGUCGGGUCUAUCAAGGAGCUAGGCUCAUGGGACGUCAAAAAGGCUGUCCCUCUUAACUCAGACAUUUAUGCUGACAACUGCCACCAAUGGUAUGCCGACGUCGAACUCCCGACUGCCGUGGCAUUCGAAUAUAAGUUCAUCCGCAAGAGGGGAGGAGAAGUCGUCUGGGAGCAGGAUCCCAACCGGAAGUACACUGUGCCUCAGACAUGCGGCGUGUCGGGCUCAACCAAGAGAGACACCUGGCGAUAG